AGGUAAGUUGUUCUAGAACAAGUAGACGCCACCGAAGAAUCUAGAAUACAGCACGCAGGGCACAAGGAGAAGAAGAGGGGAAGAAAUAUUCUUCCCGUCGAAAGACGGAGAGAGGAAAAGGGACAAGGGCAAGGCAAGAGAGAGGCGUCGUCGUUUGAUCUGCUGCCGGAGUGCGAAGAGGAAGAGGAAGAGGAGCGCCGGAGUUGUAAAGAUGUUCCUGGUGGACUGGUUCUAUGGGGUGCUGGCAUCGCUUGGGCUGUGGCAGAAGGAGGCUAAGAUCCUCUUCCUUGGCCUCGACAACGCCGGCAAGACCACCCUCCUCCACAUGCUGAAGGACGAGCGGCUCGUACAGCACCAGCCGACGCAGUACCCCACGUCAGAAGAGUUGAGCAUCGGCAGGAUCAAGUUCAAGGCGUUCGACCUUGGGGGCCACCAGAUCGCCCGCCGCGUCUGGAAGGACUACUACGCCAAGGUUGAUGCUGUUGUGUACUUGGUGGAUGCUGUUGACAAGGAACGUUUUGCCGAGUCGAAGAAGGAGCUUGAUGCGCUUCUUGCAGAUGACUCCCUUGCAAACGUUCCUUUCCUCAUACUGGGCAACAAGAUUGACAUCCCAUACGCGGCUUCAGAGGAGGAGCUGAGGUACUACCUCGGCCUGAGCAACUUCACAACCGGGAAGGGCAACGUGAACUUGGCCGACUCCAAUGUCCGGCCCCUGGAGAUCUUCAUGUGCAGUGUGGUGCGCAAGAUGGGCUAUGGCGAAGGCUUCAAAUGGAUGUCUCAGUACAUCAAGUGAGUCGCUGCUGUCCUCUUUUGUCCAUGGCGCUGCUGCUUUCGCAGGAGGGUUGAAAUCAAGUCUGGUCGUGACAUGGCAGCUGCAUGGAAAGGUUUAUGGUAGCUAGUGAUAGGCAAAGCUUGUAAGUCGGUGUUAAUCCUAGAUAUGUGAUGUGGGGUCUACUUUCUCUUCUGAUUGUUUCUUGGGGUGGUCUAAACGGUUAAAAAAAAUGCGACUUCUUCGGGUCAGCUAGAAGUUAUGUAAUCACGUUACAUGAAGCAGCGCAUUGUUCGCCAGCUGCUUUGGUGUGGUGGACUUCUGUCGGUAAUGGUGAGCUUGCGGUUUCUAAAAGUAUGCGUGUAGAGUAAUUGUGUAUCUACAGAUUCCAAACCUUGCAUUUGCUGUUGACUGAGGUAGCCCGGAAAUGAUAAAACAUCCUGGUGAAAGUUGCAUUGCUUU